AUGGACGGCGUUCUCCUUGAUGAUCCGACUUUGUAUCGUCAGCUGGUGGGAAGUCUGAUCUACCUGACUGUCACUCGACCGGAUAUUGCUUAUGCCGUCCAUAUCGUCAGUCAGUUUAUGUCUGUUCCUCGGACGACUCAUCAUUCUGCUGUCCUACGGAUUCUCCGGUACGUCAAAGGUACCCUUCUUCAUGGGCUUCAUUAUUCCGCUCGUUCCUCCUUAGUUUUGACCGGGUAUUCUGACGCUGAUUGGGCGGGAGAUCCCUCUGAUCGCCGCUCGACCACCGGGUUUUGCUUCUUCCUUGGCGACUCGCUUAUUUCAUGGCGCAGCAAGAAACAGACGGUUGUCUCCCGGUCCAGUGCAGAGUCCGAAUAUAGAGCCCUUGCCGAUACCGCUGCCGAGCUUCUAUGGCUUCGCUGA